AUGCACACCAAUAAAUCAAAUGACCCGGCGACGUUAAUCGACCAUGUCAAGCGAAUUGGUAGACGAUUGGUGUCCGCGCAGCCCAGACAACUGAUCGUUGGCAACAUUGUCCGCCGUGUAUUGGGUAUGAUGAGAGAUGAAGCUGAGAGCUGGAAACGAGACUGCGGAAUGAUGAGCGACGCCGGAUCAGACGAUACGCGCCCUCAUACCCCUCCUCACGGUGGUUUUCACAACCUCGCGCGUCUGCCAACACACCCCGGCGGCGCACUCGAGAAGCUAUCGCACCUCGAUUCUCUAGAAAGGCCGUCCUUCACAGGUCACGUUACGGCAGCACCCGCUCUUCCAGGAACGUCAAUGUUUAAUUUGCUUUCAUACCCACCUGAGUCUACAGACCCCAAUUCGCCUGUCAGCGUUUCCCGAGGAGAGCCAGAUACUAGCGACGAUAAGCCCCGAGAUUACCGAGGUGAAGUGUUUGAUGGUAUAAAAGAGAUACUCGAAGAGCUGAACCAGGCGAAUGACCAGAUUGCGGCCUAUGCGCUCGAUCACAUCCAUUCAAACGAAGUGAUUCUCACCCACACAGCGUCAACCACGGUGCAAAAAUUCCUCCUCAAAGCUGCAGCAAAACGAAAGUUCAGCGUUAUUCAGGUAGAAUCAUACCCAAACAACCAUGAUGAUACCCAUGCGACAGUAACUGGUAUCAGGAGUGGCGACGAAGAACGGUUGACGCCGGAAGCAUUCCAGAAACCAUUAAUUGCCCAAGGAAUCACCGUUAUCUUGAUACCCGAUUCAGCGGUAUUUGCGUUGAUGUCACAGGUCAAUAAAGUCAUUCUUGGGACCGAUUGUGUCCUUGCAAAUGGUGGCUUGGUUGCUGCCGCAGGCACAAGGCUCAUUGCUAAUGCUGCGAAAGCGCACAAGACCCCAGUAGUUGUUGUGAGCGGUGUAUACAAACUGAGCCCUGUAUACCCAUUCGACCAGCAGUCUUUGGUUGAAUAUGGAGAUCCAAGUGCGGUGCUUCCCUAUGAAGAUGGAGAGCUGGUGGACAACAUUGAUGUGGUGAAUCCAUUGUCUGACUACGUGCCCGCCGAGCUGAUCGACCUUUAUAUCACAAAUAUUGGGGGUCAUGCACCGUCAUAUCUAUACCGCAUUGUGGCAGAUCACUAUCGCAAUGAAGAUGUCAAAUUGUGA